CAUUAAUCACAGUGAAUGGGUCGGACAUGAGCGUUCAGGUAGCAGAUGGCGCAGUUAAUAAAGAUUUAGUGGGCCUGGCAAGGCCCAAACGUAAAGACGACAGUUGUGCGAAGCAAGCGAGCCAGCGGUUCUUAAACGCACCCGUGUGGAACACUUCGCGAGGUCGCUCCACUCUUCUACUUUGAUCAAAAUGCCGAUUAAGGUGGGGGAUUCUCUUCCUGCUGUGCAAGUCCACGAGGGUGAGCCAGGAAAUAAGGUGGCAAUGAAUCAACUCUUUAAGGGGAAGAAAGGCAUCCUCUUUGCUGUACCAGGAGCGUUCACCCCUGGUUGCUCCAAGACUCACCUGCCAGGUUAUGUCCAGCAGGCAGCAGAGCUGAAGGAUAAAGGCGUACAGGAGUUGGCCUGUGUGUCCGUGAAUGAUGCUUUUGUCAUGGCCGCCUGGGGAAAAGAGCAUGGAGCAGAUGGCAAGAUUCGAAUGUUGGCUGAUCCUACAGGAGAAUUCACAAAGGCUGUGGACUUGUUGCUUGACAGUGAUCAGAUUGUGCAGGCACUUGGAAACAAGAGGUCAAAGAGAUAUGCAAUGGUGGUAGAAGAUGGAGUCGUGACAAAGAUCAACGUGGAGCCAGACGGCACGGGGCUAACCUGCAGCCUGGCGCCCAGUAUUGUGUCUGCACUCUAAACUUGUUUCGAACUUCUCAACCAAAUUAUAAAAGUUGCACUAACUGUUCCAAAUCUGUGACAAAGCUUCUCCCUCAUCCUAAAGAGCACCACAAAUGUUACACGAGUACUAGUGUGGAAAAAUAGAGAUGUAAGGUGUUUAAUGCGCACAAAUAUGACCGGAAAGAAAACAAUAAAGUUGAUCAGCAA